GCUGUUUGUUUUCUUGAGUUUCGCGCGCCGUGGUGCAUUGUGGGUCAAUACGUCAUUCAAGACGUGAUGGGAAUUGAUUGAAAACCAUCACACUAAACUUCACAUACUAGCAGGUAGUGGUAUUGAGCUUUGUCGAAAAUGAGUCGAGGUGGACUAAAUCCUUCAUCCAGGACUCCAAGCUUUGCCAGUGUUCUUCAAAAGAAUAUUAAUGGACAGACUGGGCAUAACAUGCUCUCAAGUGUUCCCCAAACCAAUGUCACCUCUGAGGGAUUUUCACGAGAACGCUACAAUGCUAAGCCAAAAGUUGGGGUUGCUGAGCUAGUAGCGAGAUAUAAAAGAGGACAAACAAAUCCUAUAUCAGCAUUGCACCAGUUGUCUCAGACGCUGGGCUUUCAACUGGAUUUGAAAGAAACAGUCACCACAGGUAAUGUCACAACUUUAUAUUUCGCAUACUGUGCCGUGAUUGAUGAUGUGGAAUACAAGACGGGUAUGGGAGUGACUAAGAAGGAGGCUAAGGCAAAAGCUGCUCAGCUUGCAUUGCAGGACUUCCUACCCAUGUUAGAAAACCAAGGAGUACUCAAUGGUGGUGUUGGAAGAGUACCAGGGCCUCCCCCCUUACCUGUGAAAGAAGAACCUCAGCCUGCCACUUCAGAGGUACAUUCAGGGAUGUUGGUCCACGAGAGGAAGAAGAAUCCUUUGGAAGAGCAAAUUCGAAAUGCUGUGAAUGAGUCCAUCUCAAAAUUGCUGGACAUGUGCCCUGAGUUUUCAGGUUGUGGGAGCACAGUGGCCGCAUUUGUAGCCCAGUCAUCUUCAGGUUACGAGGUGGUGGCCUUGGGAACUGGCAGUUACAAUACUAAAGAAAGCAUCACAUCAAAUGGGCGAAUUCUCCAUGAUUCCCAUGCCGUUGUAACAGCACGUCGAUCACUCCUGAGGUAUCUCUACAGGCACCUGCUGCUCUUCUACAGCACAAACAGCCAUCUGCAGGAGAAGUCGAUAUUCCAACAAGAUGAGAAGACCAAGCUGCUCAGCCUAAAGAGUGACGUCAAACUGCACCUGUACAUGAACCAGCUUCCCAAAGGAGCCGCUCAAAUCCCACCACACCUACGGCUGAAUCCACUGUCCAUGUCUGCGUGGGAAGUGAACAACCAGAUCAGCCUACAUGUGACCAUUGAGGGGAAGGUCUUCUCUGUCUUCUCCUCCACAGUCGACCAGAUCUCCUCAAAGGUGGUCAGUAUGUCCACCACAGACAAGAUCACCCAGUGGCAAGUUCUGGGCUUCCAAGGGUCUCUCCUCAGUCACUUCAUGGAGCCAGUGUAUGUCAGCAGCAUUCUCAUCGGGGAUGACAGUUGCAGCAACCCUCGGGGCAUGGAGAUCGCUGUGAACCAGCGUGUGGAUGGCAUUACCACAAAGCUGCCGAUUUACUACUGUGUCCACCGGCCUCACAUCAGCCUGGUAGCCAACAUCACAUCCGCUAGUUGGCCCACUGCUCAGCGCGCUCUCAGCAUCAACUGGAGUCAAGGUGACGUCUCCCUGGAAGUGGUCAACGGUCUCGAGGGCAAAACCGUCGAGGAGUCUCCGUUCAAGAGUGGCCCGGCCCUGGCCAGCCGUCUGUGCAAAGCCGCCAUGUUGAGUCGCUUCAACUUGGUGGCCAAAGAGGCACAGAGAAAUGACCUUGUUUGCGCUGCGUCCUACAGGGAGGCCAAGAUGAUGGCGAAACCCUAUCAGGAGGCCAAGAGUGUCUUCAAGUCGUACCUGGCUCAGAAAGGCUUUGGAUCGUGGGUGGAGAAACCUUCUGUCAGCGAGCACUUCAGCAUGUGAGAUCUCUACAUUUCAUGCUAAAAGCAUUAUGGUCCAAAAUGUAUCUUGUUUACAUUAUUUUGUGUGAAGAUACACACGAAACCAGAACACUAUAAAAACCAACAGUAAGGCGUAGGAGAGGUUUGUUGUCCUUUUCCUCAUGGAAAUACUUUGUUUUAUUACAUUUUUGAAGAGGUUUUGUUUAAUUGAAAUAACUGUUCGACUGCACUGGUUUUCUUUGUACUUUAUAAUUUAUAAUUACUUAUAUUCCUUGUCCAUUCUAUUAGUUCAUAGAUAGUUCAGAUCUAAAGUGCCCUAUUGGCUGAUGUCAACGUUUGCUGGAGGAAGAAAUUGGGAGAAAUGGUUUUCAAAAUACUGUCUACAAGAUGAUGCAAAUGUGUGUUUUAUUUUUGACUUGUUUGUAAUUGGCAGGAGGCCCAGUAAUUUGUCUGAGCUCAUCUAGUGUAUCCUGUCCUACAUACAUAUACAUAUAUUUUUUCUGUUGAAGGUUACUACAGAUAGGUAUUGCUUCAAAAGCAGUAACAGCAACACCAAAUAUUUUCAUUUAUUUUGGUAUUUAUCUUAAUAUAUAGAUAGAUUAUAGAUAGAUAGAUAGAUUGAUGCAGUUUGUUAAGAGUCCUCUUGCAUCUCGCUCUGAUCUUCCUUCCUGGUCUGGGCCUUGUACCUUUAGUGUUCACUUAUUCCACGAUUCAUGUUCAUCUGUGAAGUAUUCCAAACAUAGGUUUCAUCAUUUGAGGGAUGGAAGAUGCCUUUUUGUAAUCAGACAUUCUCUUUUGCUCUCAGUGUUAAAAUACCACCUAAGGUCAGAAUGGUCAUUAAGUUGCUGUUUUUGGCCUAACUGGACAGUCUUACGUACAUUUUGUGUUUGCACUGUUACUCCUUUGAUUAACAUAAAAAUAAAUUGUCUGCUUGGUUGACUACAAAAAAUAAUAAAGUCCAUUCAGGCUUUCUGUGAACAUGUUUAGACCACUAUGCUGCCCUGCUUGAUUCAUUUAUCAUUCCUUACUUAACCUCUAUGGCAGAAUAUUAUUAUUAGUAUAGAGACUUUUCUAUUGUUGAACCAAGAUUCAACAUGUAAC